AUGGCGUCGCCAGGGUCUGUUCCGGCGAUAACUUUCGAUCGCGUUUCUGAAACACCCACAGCUGAAAAUGAUAUACCGAGUCAGAGUCCCGAUGGUACGCGCGAGCGCUCUCACAGCAAUUUGACCGCGAUCGGUAGCGACUUCACUGGACGGGAUAGAGCGAUGAGCGGAAGCACCAUGGCCACCAGCAGUGCCGGCCUCGAAGUCCCAAAAGGAAAAGAGAAACUAUCUUCAAGUACAGCGCCAAGCGUGUUUUCAUCGGACGAGCAAGAAGGCGCUUUGCGCCCUGAUCCAGGAACCGAGACGGACUUUCACGUCGACAACAACCCGUUUGCAUACUCACCAGGACAGCUCAACAAACUACUCAACCCAAAGUCGCUUCCUGCAUUUGUUGCUUUGGGUGGAUUGCCGGGUCUGGCAAAUGGGCUUCGAACCGACUUGAGCGCCGGGCUCAGCACUGAGGCAGCUGGCGGCGAAAAACAUACACAAUCCAGGAAUGAGCUAUUUGCAGACCGGAUCCGUGUGUUCAAGGAGAAUGUUUUACCAGAGAAAAAAGCGACACCGCUGUGGAAGUUGAUGUGGCUGGCAUACAAUGACAAGGUGCUAAUUUUGCUUACGGCUGCCGCGGCGAUAUCUCUGGCGUUGGGACUAUACGAAACGUUGGGGGUGGAUCCUGAGCCUGGUUCCGGAAUGCCGUUGGACUGGGUGGAAGGAUGUGCCAUUUGUGUUGCUAUAGUGAUUGUGGUCAUGGUCGGCUCGCUCAACGAUUACCAGAAGGAGAGGGCGUUCGUCAAGCUCAACAAAAAGAAAGAGGAUCGCGAAGUCACGGUUAUACGAUCAGGAAAGGCAGUCAGAUUAUCCGUACACGAGGUGUUGGUCGGCGAUAUUUUACAUUUGGAACCUGGAGACUUGGUUCCUGUGGAUGGAAUAUUCAUCGACGGGCACAACGUUAAGUGCGACGAGUCUUCAGCUACUGGCGAGUCAGACCAGCUCAAGAAGACAGGUGGGGAGCAAGUGAUGCGAUUACUGGAGCAAGGACAUACCAAACAACAGGAUAUGGACCCGUUUAUUAUCUCCGGUAGCAAAGUCCUCGAAGGUGUCGGGACUUGUCUCGUCACAUCUGUCGGGGUGAAUUCGAGCUAUGGCAAAAUCCUUAUGGCAAUGCGUCAAGAUAUGGAGCCGACCCCGUUGCAGAAAAAGCUGGAUCGGCUUGCGAGCGCGAUUGCAAAGCUAGGAGCAAGCUCUGCCAUCUUUCUUUUCCUGAUCCUUCUCUUCCGCUUUCUUGGAGGAUUGUCCGGCAACGAUCGUAGCGGUACGGAAAAGGCAUCCCAGGUUACUGAUAUUCUCAUCGUUGCCAUUACGGUAAUUGUCGUUGCUGUCCCUGAAGGCCUGCCAUUGGCAGUCACUCUUGCGCUAGCAUUCGCCACGACGAGGAUGGUGAAACUCAACAACCUUGUUCGCGUGCUAAAAUCCUGUGAGACAAUGGGCAACGCAACGACAGUGUGUUCUGACAAAACUGGUACCUUGACAACAAACAAAAUGACAGUGGUGACCGGCACAUUCGGAGACGAGGACUUCGACGACAAGAACCAGACCGGAAAAACACGCCGGUCAGCUGCAUUUGCCAGUUCGCUUAGCCCACAACAGAAAUGCAUGAUCAUCGAGUCAGUCGCGAUCAACUCUACUGCAUUUGAGGGCGAGGAGAACGGGGUUCCAGGAUUUGUUGGCUCAAAGACUGAGACAGCUUUGCUAGGGUUUGCCCGCAAUGUCCUAGGUAUGGGCCCACUAGCUGAAGUACGAGCCAACGCGACAGUCGUGCAGUUAAUGCCUUUUGACUCUGGAAGGAAAUGCAUGGGCGCUGUUAUCAGGUUGUCAGAUAACAAGUACAGGUUCCUCGUCAAAGGUGCCUCGGAAAUUCUCCUGAGAUACAGCUCGUUUGUUUGGAGGCCGAGCGGUCCGGUUGACUUGGUGUCGAGUGAGCGGGAACGCCUCGAACAAGUGAUCCUUGACUACGCGAAGCAGUCACUUCGCACUAUUGCUCUGGUCUCCCGGGAGUUUUCAGAAUGGCCACCGAGACAUGCGGUUGACCCUGAUGAUCCAUCUCAGGCUGAUCUCGGUCUGCUUUUGCAGGACAUGUCCUUCAUUGGCGUUGUUGGUAUCCAGGAUCCCAUCCGGCCUGGAGUUCCGGAAGCUGUCGCCAAGUGUCAUCAUGCUGGUGUCGCUGUUAGGAUGGUGACAGGUGAUAAUAUGGUUACCGCAAAAGCCAUUGCAACUGACUGUGGCAUCUACACUGGAGGAAUUGUCAUGGAGGGUCCGCACUUUCGUACGCUGUCUGAUGCCGAGUUCGAUGAGGUCCUCCCGCAGUUGCAGGUAUUGGCCCGUUCCUCCCCAGAGGACAAGAGAAUCCUUGUCACCAAAUUAAGGGCUUUAGGUGAAAUCGUUGCAGUGACAGGAGAUGGAACGAACGACGGUCCUGCGCUCAAAGCUGCCAACAUCGGAUUUUCCAUGGGUAUCGCAGGGACGGAGGUGGCUAAGGAGGCUUCAGCUAUUGUGCUUAUGGACGACAACUUCUCCAGUAUUCUCACGGCUUUGAUGUGGGGACGUGCCGUAAAUGAUGCCGUGCGCAAGUUUCUCCAGUUUCAAAUCACUGUCAACAUUACGGCCGUGCUUUUAACCUUCAUCUCCUCUGUGGCGGACAGUGAGAUGCGGUCGGUUCUGACCGCGGUGCAACUCCUUUGGAUCAACCUUAUUAUGGACUCUCUCGCCGCUCUUGCGUUGGCGACGGAUCCGCCCACAGAGGAGAUUCUCAAUCGUAAGCCCAUCAAAGGUGGCGCCCCGCUAAUUUCAAUCACAAUGUGGAAGAUGAUCAUUGGGCAAUCCAUCUUCCAGCUCAUUGUAACACUUACUCUGCACUUUGGGCCUCGCCAAAACUUCCUCGACUAUUCCGAUGACGUCCGCCGCUCAAUCGUCUUCAACACCUUUGUGUGGAUGCAGAUCUUCAACGAGUUUAACAACCGUCGCCUUGACAACAGGUUCAAUAUUUUUACCGGCCUGCACCGGAACUGGUUUUUUAUCGGGAUCAACUGUAUCAUGGUUGGUUGUCAGAUAGUGAUUGCCUUUUAUGGUGGUGCGGCAUUCAGCAUUGUUCAAAUCCAUGAUGAACAAUGGGCUAUCUGCAUUCUUGUGGCUGCCAUUUCGCUGCCGUGGGCUGUCGUUGUUAGGCUCUUCCCGGAUGCUUGGUUCCAUGCUAUUGCAAAUUUUGUUGGGAAGCCGGUUGUGAUGGUUUAUCGGCCGGCGAGUAGAGGGGCAAGGAGACUGGGAGCGAAGAUCAGGGUUUUGCGGCGGAAGGAUGGCAACGACGAUGACGAUGCCAGUGAAUCAGAAGAAGAGCUUGAGCCUGAGCGUGCUAAUACUGCACAGAGCCCUGCGAUUGAGAAAUCUGGUGAAAAUAAUGUUUAA